UUCUUCCGCUGUCGUCGUAAUUCCCAGAAGAGAGAAGCCGAAAGUUAAAGAAGAAAACGAUGUCGCUGCAGUGCCUGCAACUCUUAUCUUCUCCUCUAAUGGCGGCAAAUUCCAAAACCCUAGUAAACCCCAUGUAUGUUGACGCUCGCUUUCUCUCCUCGUCCUCGGUUCUCUCCGCCGGUGGUUUCUGUGUGAAGCAGCGUGGUGUCUCCUCGAAAGCGACGACGAGGGUGAAGUUCUCCGUCAAGUCGCGGCAGGCGGAUUACUUCGAGAAGCAGAGGUUCGGUGACUCUUCCUCGCCGUCUCACUCUUCUCAAAACGCUGAAGGAUUGCCGGCUCGGUUUUUCGUGGGUCACUCGAUAUACAAAGGGAAAGCUGCGCUUACAGUGGAGCCUAGAGCACCGGAAUUUGUGUCUUUAGAUUCUGGAGCAUUCAAGAUAUCGAGGGAAGGUUGCGUGAUGCUGCAGUUUGCUCCUGCAGCUGGCGUUCGGCAAUACGACUGGAGCAGGAAGCAGGUCUUCUCAUUGUCUGUUACAGAAAUCGGACAUCUAGUUAGCCUUGGCCCGAGGGAAUCGUGUGAAUUCUUUCAUGAUCCUUUCAAAGGAAAAGGUGAUGAGGGGAAGGUGAGGAAGGUGUUAAAGGUUGAGCCCCUGCCCGAUGGUUCCGGUCACUUCUUCAACCUAAGUGUUCAAAACAAGCUCUUGAACAUGGAUGAGAGCAUAUACAUACCCAUCAGCCGAGCAGAGUUCACAGUCAUUGUCACUGCUCUCAACUUCAUCUUGCCCUACCUUCUAGGCUGGCACGCUUUUGUAAACUCCACAAGGCCAGAUGAUAGCAACCGCCUUAACAACGCGUCUCCUCGGUAUGGAGGAGACUACGAGUGGAACAGGUGAUGGAUAUCCGACACGCAGAAUCAAUACGAAUCUGCCUGCAGGGAAACUGCCCUUCAUAAGGGGCUCGUUUAAUGCAAGUGUGUAGAGUUUCUGCAAAUGAAUGAGUUGACAAGGAGAAGAAAAAGAGUGGGCGAUGUCCGAAAAUGAUAGGUUGAGAUCUUAGCAUGGGUUUGGUAAUUGGAAUGGAAGAGCUGAUAUGAUUCUGUUCGCAUUUUUGUUCACACCUUCUGUAAUCACAAGUUACCAUGUUUUAUUGUGGCAUUCCGUCAAACACCUUAAGGGCAUCAAUGCCGUUUUCCACUUUCA